UACAGAGGUGGAGGGUCCAGUAUCAUUAAACCUUACUUUGCCCAGGCUGAAGGCUUUUCAGCCAGCCACAACCCUGGUUCAGCCUCUCCAAAAUAUGAGAGCCCUGCACAGCCUGGAGGUUUUAUAGGUAGCUCUGGACCCAGUUAUCCCAACACUGGUUCAUUUGAGAACCUGAAGCCUGCUGGUGCUGGAGGUUAUAGUGGUUCUUAUGGUAGGCAAGUAGAUGGAUACAGUCCAGACGGAAGUGUGUCUAGUUACAGGCGUUCAAAACCCAGAGACAACCCACAGCAGCCACAUCUCAAAACACAACUUAAUGCAAAAGGUGUACUCCAGACCAAAGCUGGCAUGUGGGAUGUUGCUUCUCCACAGAAUGGAAACAGAUUUGACUUGGGUAUCGCUUCAAGUUAUGGAAUUGAGAUGGCUUCAGGUCACCAAUCUGAGACUAGGCCGCAGAAACCCAACUAUUCUGCUCAGCCCCUACCCCAGCCGAGGCCCCACCAGCCCAGCUACCCUGCUCAGCCCCAGCCCCAACCGAGGCCCCAGCAGCCCAGCUACCCGGGAAAGCCCCAGCAGCCCAGCUACCUGGGAAAGCCCCAACCGAGGCCCCAGCAGCCCAGCUACCUGCGAAAGCCCCAACCGAGGCCCCAGCAGCCCAGUUACCCGGGAAAGCCCCAGCAGCCCAGCUACCCUUCCCAGCCCCAACCGAGGCCCCAGCAGCCCAGCUACCCUCCCAAGCCCCAGCAGCCCAGCUACCUGGGAAAGCCCCAACUGAGGCCCCAGCAGCCCAGCUACCCAGGCAAGCCUCAGCCCAGCUACCCUUCUCAGCCCCAGCAGCCCAGCUACCUGGGAAAGCCCCAACCAAGGCCCCAGCAGCCCAGCUACCCGGGAAAGCCCCAGCAGCCCAGCUACCUGGGAAAGCCCCAGCAGCCCAGCUACCCAGGAAAGCCCCAACCGAGGCCCCAGCAGCCCAGCUACCCAGGCAAGCCUCAGCCCAGCUACCCAGGGAAGCCCCAACCAAGGCCCCAGCAGCCCAGCUACCCUUCUAACCCUCAGCAGCCCAGCUACCCUUCCAAGCCCCAGCCGAAGCCCAGCUACCCGGGCAAGCCCCAGCAGCCCAGCUACCCGGGCAAGCCCCAGCUGAGGCCCCAGCAGCCCAGCUACCUGGGAAAGCCUCAGCCCAGCUACCCUUCCAAGCCCCAGCAGCCCAACUACCCUUCUCAGCCCCAACCCCAGCCAAGGCCCCAGCAGCCCAGCCACCUGGGCAAGCCUCAGCCCAGCUACCCUGCUCAGCCUGGGCAGCCCAGCUACCCUUCCAAGCCCCAGCCCAGGCCCCAGCAGCCCAGCUACCCUUCCAAGCCUCAGCUUCAUCUCCAGGCCAGGCCAGAGCAGCCAAGUUUUGGCAUGACCCAACACAAAGCUGGAAUGUUGGACUCUCAUUCUUCCCAGGACCGUGAUGUUUAUGACUCGAUGGAGAAGUCCACUGACUCUGAAAUUCAGCCAAGAUCUUAUGGCUCUCUGAGGUAUUGGGACUAUAUUUAAAACCCCUGGUCCUGGUAUCUUUGUCACUCCCAUGUUUGACUUUGGAUAUGCUUUCUGUUCCUGACCUCUUCCUGGAAGCUAUCUAUCCUGGUGUCAACUUUGUGAAAUUGAAUAAAGUUCUUGGAACUUCA